AUGGGUCAUGCUGCUGCUGCUGCGGACAGUGGUGGAUGGAGUCAGAAAAGCAAAGUUGAACAAACUGAUAAGCAGCAGCUUCCUAUUAUGGAGAGUGAAGACUCUGAUAGGUAUAUCAAGAUGGAAGAUGGCCCUUUAAUGAUCUUUGCGUUCCUCCCGGGACUCUACUCUGUUGCCCAAUAUGAUCUUCCUGUCUGUCUACAGAAAACUCGAAAACAUGCACCGACCGAAAGAAAAUCAAGGACAGUGCUUGAUACCUCUGAAGAAGACUCUUUAAUCAGAUUUUGCAGCAAACUUGGCAUUGAUGAUUCAAGGCCUACAUCACACAAUGAAGACUUGAAGGCCAUACUACAUGACCAAGAAGAAUGUGCCGCUAUCCUACUAGACCAUGGUGCCGAUCCAAAUGUAAUGGACAUCCAUGGCAACACUCCUCUUCACUAUGCUGUACUCGGUAAAAACACAGCAAUAGUGGAAAAGCUACUUUCCUGUAUGGCAAAUCCAGAAGCGAGAAACAAGGAUGACUUCACACCGCUUUCACUUGCCAAAUAUGAAAACAAUGAAAAAAUGGUGGAAUUUUUACUAACAAGAGAUUCGGAAGUUCAUCAGAUGGAAGGGCAUGCUCUGAAGGUGGCCUGUUACAAGGGCCAUAAAAGAGUGGUGAGUCAGUUAGCACGCAGACGUCGCCUAUUGGAUCUCUGUGAUACUGAAAAUAAAACAGCUUUAAUUCACGCCAUUCAGUAUGAGCAAGAAGAAUGUGCUGCUAUUCUACUAGAGCAUGGUGCCGAUCCAAAUGUAAUCGACAUCCAUGGCAACACUGCUCUUCACUAUGCUGUCCUUAGUGAAAACACAACUAUCGUGGAAAAGCUAGUUUCCUGUAUGGCAAAUCUGGAAGUGAGAAACAAGGAUGACUUCACACCACUUUCACUUGCCAAACAUGAAAACAAGGAAAAAAUGGUGGAAUUUUUAGUAACUAGAGGUUUGAAAGAUCAUCAGGUGGAAGGCAACCAACAAUCGACUAAUGAAAAUAAAGAAGAACGAAGUCCUAUGAAAUCUUCUGACAGUAACAAUCUUGGUAAGACUUCUGAUAGUGAAUUACUCUUGUUGGCCCUACCAUAA